CACAGCUGUGCGGUGGUUAUAGCAACAGCUCAAGCCACCUUUCUUCACCAGAGCGUGUUUAUUCAGUAAGAAAAAUUCGCCGGCAGUGACAGGGCGACUAAAACCAACCGCUACAGCUUACCAGCCGCAAUUGACUUGCCAUACAAUUAUUUAGUAGCAUAUACUAGACCUUCUUUCGCUUGUAGUAAAAGCAAGUAUUCAACGACAGCAACAACGAUGCAAACGCCAACGAAGUACCUGAAUUUCGCACAACUACUUGCCAGUCUUCUGCUCGUCGCUUGGACACCCACGGCUGUGGCCAGCUCAUGCGCCGGCUGCGUGGAGCUGGACGAGCUGAACUUCGAACAGACCGUCGAGCGGUUUCCCUACGCGCUAGUCAAAUUCGACAUCGCCUUCCCGUAUGGCGACAAACAUGAGGCCUUCGCUGCAUUCUCGAGAACGGCACACAAAGUUACCAAGGACCUACUGGUGGCCACUGUCGGCAUCAAAGACUACGGCGAGAAUGAAAACAGAGAGCUGGGACUGCGUUUUAAGGUGGACGAUAAGAAUUUCCCCGGCAUUUUGCUCUUCAAGGCGGGCAAAUUGCACAGCUUUGAACGCUUCCCCACACACUUGGAGGUCACAUUGGACAAUCUGAAGCAAUUUGUGACGCAGCACACCGAACUGUAUAUUGGACGCGACGGUUGCCUGAAGGACUUUGAAGAAUUGGUCAAGAAAUAUGCCAAUAAAGACGAUGCCGAACAAGUGGAGCUAAUUGCUAAAGCGGAGCAAAUGGCGCAGGGUGUAGAAGGUGACGAGACGAAAACGGCGAGCGCCAAAGCGUAUCUGAUUUAUAUGCGGAAAAUCAAUGAGAAGGGUUACGACUAUGUGGAUGACGAGACUAAGCGACUGCUACGGCUGAAGGCUGGCAAGGUGACCGAUGCGAAGAAAUUGGAAUUACAGCGUAAACUCAACAUACUGGAGGCAUUUCGUGUGACCAAGCUGACGAAGGUGAAGCGCAGUGAUGAGCUCUAAAUGAGGCCGGACAGAGAGACAGACAGACAGUUAUGGAAGUGUCAUCCAGCGUAUAAAAGUUAAUUGAAGUGAAGCAUUUAAGCGUGUGACGGGACAAAAGCGGCAAUAACACAACAAUUUAGCAGCGAAAUGGAUUUGUAAUGCGAAAAUAUGCGCUUCGAUUAAAUUAUAUUAGUUAAUACAUAUGUAUGUAUGUAUAUAUUCCGUUAGUUUAUUUUCGUUUCAUUUAAUAAAUUAUUUAGUAGCUUUAUAUAAAUAAACUGUAUGCAUGUAUACUAUCUAUA